UUGUAGAUCCAACAGUCUAGUCAACAGUACACCAAGCAAGUAGACAAAGUGUCUUCACCAAAUAUGUCUAACAUGAUGAAAGUUUGUCUGGUAGUCGUUCUUAUUUCCAUUGCAGAUGGUAGUCCAAAAGAAGACAAAUGUUCACAGGUAUUAUCGGUAUGUUUCUUUUCGGGUUCUCAAGUGGCUUAUUUUGUACGAUACUUAAACGAGUUAAACAAAGAUAAACUUCCACUUGUUUGUGGCGAAAUGAAUCAUUGGAAAACUUGUAAAAACGACAUCCCUGAGGCUUGUGGUGACUCUCAGCCUUAUUAUUCGACGAUGAGUGUAAAUCGGUUGUUGUUCACAGAAAUCAUAUGUAGCAACAAUGGAAAGAUAGAUUUUGAAAAGCUUCUGGAGUCUGGAUGUGUAAAUGACGCGGCCAAAUACAAACGAGUAAAGCGAGCUCGGGACAACUGCGGCAAAGGCGUGGACGUUACCAGGACCAACUUGCCACGUUGUAGAUCCAAGUCUAGUCAACAGUACACCAAGCAAGUAGACAAAGUGUCUUCACCAAAUAUGUCUAACAUGAUGAAAGUUUGUCUGGUAUUCGCUCUUGUUUUCAUGGCAGAUGGCAUUCCAAAAGAAGACACAUGUUUACAAGUAUUAUAUUAUUGUUUCUAUGGGAAUUCUCAAGUACUUCAUUUUAUACGACAAUUUAGUGAGCUAAACAACGAUAAGCUUCCACUUGUUUGUGGCGAAACAAUUCGUUGGAAAACUUGUAAAACCAACAUCACUGGAGAAUGUGGUGACUCUAAGUUUGAUUAUUUGGAGACGAGUGUGAAAAUUUUGUCUUUCAUACAAACCAUCUGUAGCAAGAAAGGAAAAAAAGAUUUUGAAAAGCUUUUGGAGUCUGGGUGUGUAACUGACCAGGACAAAUACGUACAAGUGAAGCAAGCUUCGUUAUCCUGCCACAAUAGCACCGAUGUCCCCAGUGAUAAGGCUGAUGAAUGUUUGAAAAGAAAGAUACCAGCGAAUUGUGGUGAUGUCGGCACAAACCUGCUUGUUAAACUGAUGGGUGACUUACAUGAACGCUGGUCAAAAAAGAAAGAAAAAUGUCAUGCAACAGUUGGCUGUUUAAGUAACGAGAUUCAAGAAUACUAUAUAAAUCCAUUCACUGAAUUAAACAGCAGCUAUUAUGCACGUGUCUGCGUUACAAGUCGGCGGACUGCUCUAAGAAAUUGCGUCAAGAACUAUGAGGAACAGUGUAUAGACAAAUACAAUCAGCUGUGGUUGGUUACAAAGAUUCUCUCAUUGUCUAAUCGAAUCUGUGGCAAGGACGGAAAAAUCGCCAUUGAGAAACUCGAAACCUCCAAAUGUCUGGCUAGCAAUAAGAAACAAGAAAAAGUGCGUGCCGCAUUUUCCCCCUGUAGCAAUGGUUCACUCAUGGAAAUACAGCAGUCACGCAAGUAA